AUGCCAGUCCUCAGCACUCAGUACUCAGACAAAGCUAUACCCACUGAUGCCGCCUCAGGAAGUCCCUCCACCGCCUGUGGUGCUGUGGGGAAGAGAGACGGAUUUGUAAACCCCGGAGGCCAGGCCGCAGCCACCGUCACCUUGUCUGACCAGGAGGCAAGACCUUCAACUGAGGACUUGGGAGAUAAGAAGGAAGGAGAAUACAUUAAACUCAAAGUCAUUGGACAGGAUAGCAGCGAGAUUCACUUCAAAGCGAAAAUGACCGCCCAUCUGAAGAAACUCCAAGAAUCCUACUGUCAAAGACAGGGAGUUCCCAUGAAUUCGCUCAGGUUUCUCUUUGAAGGUCAGAGAGUUGCUGAUAAUCACACCCCAAAAGAACUGGACGUGGAGGCAGAAGAUGUGAUUGAAGUUUAUCAGGAACAAACAGGGGGAUGUUGCCAACAGCUACAGGCUUAUGUGGGCCAAUCCCAGCGAUCCAGGACAAAAGGAACAACCUCACUCUCAACAGUCCCAGCCAAGGUUCAAAGACCAUCUGCAACUGGGUAG